UUUUUCCAUUCGCUCAUCUCAGGUGGUUUGGCGCUGCUAUAUGCAUAUACUCUCCUCCAAAAAAAUCGAAAACCCAAAAAAAAGAAAAAAAUUCUGCUCAAAAUCCUUUGCAUGUUCAUCUUCUUCCUCUCUCCUGCUCAUCCAUGGAGUCCAAAACCCUAGCAGUCACAGCUCAGAGCCGCCAGCUCGCCGUCGUCAACUUCCGGGGAUUGUCACAUGCAACCAAAGCAUUCCGUUUACUUGUGGUUUUAGCGUGCACCCUCGUUUACCUUACUACAUGUGGGCAAUGCUCUGGGGAUGGGUUGCAGAUGUUAUCGAAAUAUGAUGUUUGUGGAUCAUAUGGAGAUAAUUUGGAUGUGGCCUUGGCGGAUAAUUUUCUCGGUGACACCAGUUUGGACCGUGGAUUUCCAAGAACCCACUUCAAUAUUGAUAGGAUUUGUACUAGCUCCCAUUUAUUCUGCUUUCCGUCAACAUUACCUGGUUUCUUGGGGCAUAAACUCAAAGUGGCUGAUUUUGGAGUUUCGGGGAAACAGUCUGAUGAUAUAUCAUCUAUAGGAUCAACUGAAGAUAGCAAGUUGACAAAUAACAAAAGUUGGUCAUCGGACAAUGGCGUGUUUAAGUUAUUUAAUGGAGGGAUUGUUUCUUGUUCUUUGAACUCCAAAAAGGCUACUAAUGAGUUUUCAUCCAUUCAAGCUGAUAGAUCCAAUCAAAACUAUCUUUCUUCGUGUAGAGGACCUUUACUUUAUCAGAAGAGCACAAAUUUUAGGCCAAACAAGAACAUUGAGAUGACCAAAUUUAGUUCUUUCAAUGGUUCACCCUCACCCCAUGUAGAAAUUAGCCCUGCUGUAUUGGAUUGGGGACAAAAGUAUAUGUAUUUUCCGUCAUUAGCUUUCUUAACUGUGGCAAAUACAUGCAAUGACACCAUUUUACAUGUUUAUGAGCCAUUCAGUACUGACAUGCAGUUCUAUCCUUGCAACUUUAGUGGGACUACGUUAGGACCUGGUGAAACAGCUUCAAUUUGUUAUGUAUAUUUACCUAGAUGGUUGGGCUUGUCCUCUGCUCACCUAAUUUUGCAGACAAGCUCAGGUGGUUUCUUGGUUCAGGCGAAAGGUUUUGCCAUAGAGUCUCCUUACGGGAUUCAUCCUUUAUUAGGCCUGGAUGUUUCUUCCAGGGGAAGGUGGAGUAAGAAUUUGUCGUUGUUUAACUCAUUUGAUCAAAUUUUCCAUGUGGAGGAAGUAACAACAUGGAUAUUAGUGUCUCAGGAGCAUACCUCCCAUCAUGCAGAGGCAACAUGUAGUACUGAAAAACUUCAAGGUUCUGAUGAACUUGGGUUGCUGGGUGUUAAUGAACGUCUGGUUGUUAGUUCUGGCCAAGUUGGUUUGCCUCUUCUGGCCAUGAGGCCCCUUAGGAACUGGGAGAUUGGUCCACACAGCAGUGAAACUAUCAUAGAAAUAGACUUCUCAAUUGAAUCGAAGGGAAAAAUUUUUGGUGCAAUUUGUAUGCAGUUGCUAAGGCCUUCUGAGGACAAGUCUGAUACUAUUAUGCUUCCUUUUGAGGCUGAAGUGGAUGGAACAGCAACGAAUGAUGAUCUUGCAGGAUCUAUCUCAGCAUAUCUUCAGGUUUUGGUCCCCUAUUCUGCCAAUGAGACUUCUGCUGUUGCUAUAUCUCUGAAGAAUUCUGCCCCUUACCUCUUGAGACUUCUUGAGAUUACUGAAGUUGCGGAUGGUAGAACUUUGCAGAUUAAGUACACUGAAGGCUUGCUACUUUUCCCUGGCAGUGAAACAUAUGUUGCUGUUGUUGCUUGUACUGAGCCACAUGUCGAAUUAGAUGGUCACUGUAAAUUACUUAUACAGACAAAUGACUCAAGUAGCUCGCAGAUUGAAAUUCCUUGCCAGGAUGUUAUUCAUAUAUGUUCAAAACAUUGGAAUGAUUCCACCAUUGAAUAUGAACAUCAGUCUGAAAGUAGUGAAUUGGGUGAUAUGCAGACAGAGUCCUCUGAAAGUGGCACGCGGUGGCCAUCACCGAUCAAGGCAAUGGAGGCAGCAGAAGCAGAUGAACUGGUGCUACAAAACUGGAAAUCUCAAGAUACCAGAAGUGGCAUGUCUGUGCUAACUGAUCGUGAGGUAUUCUUCCCAAUGCUUCAGGUAGGAAGUCACAACUCUAAAUGGAUCACUGUAAAGAAUCCUAGCCAAGAACCGGUAGUGAUGCAGCUUAUACUGAACUCAGGGGAGAUUAUUGAUCGAUGUAAGAGUCCAGAUGGUCUUAUACAGCCUCCUUCAUCUGGUAGUGUGGUUUAUAAUGGAUCCACUUCUCCAAGUAGGUAUGGGUUCUCGAUAGCAGAAAAUGCACUAACAGAGGCUUAUGUUCAACCCAAUGGUAGAGCAUCUCUUGGACCAGUAUUGUUUCACCCUUCAAAUCGAUGUGAGUGGAGAAGUUCGGCCCUGAUAAGAAACAAUCUUUCUGGUGUGGAGUGGUUAUCUCUGAGGGGAAUUGGAGGGUCGCUAUCCUUGCUUCUCCUUGAAGAGUCUGAGCCUGUUCAGAGUGUAGAAUUCAACCUCAGUUUACAAAUUCCUCUAAACUUUUCUCCUCCAGACAGGUUUCGCAUGGAAGAUGUCACUCAUUCUUGUUUACAGCCAUUAUCAAGGCAGCUCUAUGCGAAGAAUACUGGAGACCUGCCUCUGGAGGUUAGAAGAAUCACGGUGUCCGGAAAAGAGUGCCGGAUGGAUGGGUUUAUGGUACAAACUUGCAAAGGUUUUGCUCUUGAACCUGGAGAAUCAGCAAAACUUCUGAUAUCAUACCACACUGAUUUUUCUGCAGCCUUGGUACAGCGGGAUCUUGAGCUGGUCUUGAAUUCUGGUAUUCUGGUGAUACCCAUGAAGGCAAGCAUCCCUUUGCAUAUGAUCAGUAUAUGCCAGAAAUCAGUGGUCUGGAUGCGCGUUAAAAAAUACUCCUCAGUAGUAUUUCUUGUUGUCUCCUUGGUGUUUCUAGUAUUUUGGUAUACAUUGCCCCAGGUACCCGCCUUUUGUUCGGAUGACUGUUUCUGCACAAGCAGAAAAUGUUCCUUGGUUACUUCUAAAAGUAGUUCAGGAAAAUCAUCUCAUGUGCAUAACUAUAGAGACAGUAGAUUUUCUGUGUCUGGUGAGAUAAACAGUUCGGUAAAAUCAGUUCGAGAAGAUAGAACCUCAAUGCAGGCAUCAUCUGUUGGUAGGUAUCCGGAUGACCAGGCUGGGGCCUCAGAGCAGGAAAGAUUUGCUCAACAUGCAAAUCAAAUUCUUCAAGGUCAUGAACAAACUAAUUCUUUGUCAGAUACAACAAAGAACAAAGCCACGGCCUUCUCAUUGGUGUCUAAAUCUGUGUCAGCUGGGAAUCCCGAUGAACUAGAAGCAUCCCAACCUGGUAACCUCACAGUCAAAACUGGACAGGAAAAGGGUAGAAGGCGUAAGAAGAGAAAGGGUUCCGGUGCUAAGUUAACAGGACUUCUUGAAGUUUCAAGUAGUCAAAGUGGAAAUUCUACACCUUCAUCACCCUUGUCUCCAGUCACAUCUGUAACACCAAAACAGACCUGGCCGCUAUCAACUGAUGUGAGCCAAGCUGUAGAGGCCAGGAAUCCAUUUACUCAAGUGGCUCAACAACACUUCCAGAAGAGUCAUGUCUUUAAAUCUGCUUCUAAGGCAAACUUAUCACAGCCUGAGGUCUCUCUAAAAUAUUGCAAUAACCAUCCAACUUUUGCUUCUCAAGUGCAGCCACCAGAACCAAGAAAACCUCCGGCUAGACCUGUUUUGUUGCCUUCUGCCACCUUUCCUGGUUCCAGUAGGUCUGCAUCUAAUUUGGCAUGCUCAACCUCUUUUCUGGCUUCAACCUCACCUAUUUCUCCACAUGCUAGAGCCCCUGGGUCCAAACUCUGUGAUCGGAAAAUUGCUGACGAAGAAAAGGCUCGGCUUGGGGAUGAAUAUACAUAUGAUAUCUGGGGUGAUCAUUUUCCUAGGCUUAAGUUGAAUGGUGGUAGGUCAAAGGAUGUCACUUCUCUGACCUCCAGCACUACAGAGAGCGACUCUAAUAGCUUCUUUGUAAAGGGUCCACAAGCCCUCAUGGCAAAGUCUCCAUCGAGAUCUGUAAGUUUUUUCCAUCAAGAUGGUUAUUGAUAAAAAAAAAAAAAUCCAAAUAAGUUACCAUGUU